AUGUUCUUGCAUGAAAAAAACAAACAUGAUAACGAUCAAAUUCCAGCCACAAGGGUAUCAUUGUGUCUACAAACUAAAAUUGUUGAUCGCCCGAUGCAAUCUUAUUUUGUAAUUGGUAUAUCGAUUGUAUUGAUACAUCGACACAGAGAUGUAAAAGAAUUGUUUAUGAUUUCCCAAAUCUGGAAGACCGAGAAAAAUCUGUCGUUGAAGAAAUUGGAGUGGAAAGUACCACGCAUCAUUUGUGAUCUCCGCAAAAUGAGGGUAUUUAUUGUGCAGGAGCAUCCACCUAUCGAAAUCAAGUUAUUUUCGUGA